GUCGUCGUCGUCGUCGUCGUCGUCGUCGUUUUCGUCGUCGUCGUAUCCAUCCUAACUGCCGCCGUUGUGUGAUCAUCAUCGUUGCCGUCGCCGUCACCGUCACCGUCACCGUCACCGUCUUCGUCCCCAUCUUCGUCGUCGUGGAAACGGUGAGGAUGUGCCGCCGUUAAUGGCAACGCGUGUGCGAAACAUGUUCGCGCAACGGCCGUAGCGAGAAGUUUCCUCUUCGGCAGUCAGACGCCGCCGGCUUCGAUCUGCAUCGAGAGUUAACCUUCACGAGGUUAUCCGAGGGUUAGUCCAACAGAGCAAGCUCUGCCGUCCGUCCGCCGUGUCUAAGACAGCGGCGCGGCUUGACAGCAGCAGCACGAGGACAUGAAGUGGCUCGGCGCGAGCAGCGGAGGCGCCGGGGGCGAGCCGGCAUCCUCUAUGCAGCUGCAUCAUACUUCUACUUCCGCCAACGGCCAUCUACCCACGGAUGCGGAACAGUGCGGACAAGCUAUGGCUGGUGGAGAUAAUAUGCGGAUUCAACCCGGUCAGACUCAUCAGAUGGGUGUAAGCAGAACUCAGGACGAUGCUAUGGUUGGUUAUGUGUUUCAACGACCUACAGAACCAGAGUUCAACACUCAGUCCUCAUCUUUCCAAGCGAAACAAGCCCCAAGAGCCUGGGCUUUAGCAGAUGAUGUUAUCGUUGAUAAUAAUCAAGAAAAGUGGAAAUUUUCUAUGGCCAAACUCAGUGUACCACAACAGAGUCAGUCUCAGCAACUUGGAUUGCAGACUAUGAAUAAUGUACAUCUACCUUACGAGAUACAUCCAAUGCAAAUAAAAAGCGGUGCACCCGGUGCGGAGCACUUGGUUUAUCUGAAUAAUCAGAUGACUGCACAGCAGCAAGUGGCACUCUUCCAUCACCAACAGCAGCAGCAACAACAGCAACAGCAACAAUUCAGGAACGGGCAGAUCGCUCCCUCGGCGAAAAAACUCUGGGGCGUGGACGAUGGCGGCUCCAAGGACGAGGGGGGUGUGAAAGGCGGUGGGAUACUUCACUUGGGCGACCACCAGAUGUGGCGGGAUUCCACCUGGAGCACAUCAGAUCAUGCGGUGUCACAGCCAAUUUCUAUGGGCACUGGUAGACGCGUGGGUGUCGGAACAGGAUACCAUCAUCAGGCAUCAGAAGUCGGAACAGUACUCAGCCCCAGGAGCAGUGAAACAGGUGGUUUGGGAGUCAAGAUGGUCGAAUAUGUUCUUGGAUCGAGUCCCACUACGCCGAAAGAAUUGGAACCACGAAUGGUCUCCCUGAGAUUGAACACCGAUGCAGACAAGAAAGAAAAAGAAAAAGGUUCGGCGAGCCCCUUUGACAAUUCAAAAGAUGACAAUGGACCACAAGGUAACGGAUUGGCGUCUCAAAACGGUCUGGACGACGACAAAGGAUUCAAUCGCACACCCGGUAGCCGUCAACCCUCACCGGGGGAGGAAGAGUUUCAAAAGAAUGCAGCUGCCACAUUGGCGGUGAGCACCGGCGGCGGUGGCGUCGUGCUGUUGAAGCCCGGCGUUGAUGUGGUCGGUAGCGAGGAACAUUUUAUGGCGGCAUUCGCACCGGCACCACCGCAUCAUCUGCAACAUCAUCAGGCACCGCCGGCUCAUCAUCUGCAACAUCCACAUUCGCACGCAGCCGCGCAGCUGUUUGGCGCCCAGGCACCUCCACCUCCGCAAGGACCACCUCCUUCGCAGCAGCAGCAGCAGCAGCAGCAACAACAGCAGCAGCAGCAGCAACAGCAGCAGCAGCAGCAGCAGCAGCAGGGUCCUCCACAACCUCAGGACACCACUACGCACUUUGACGUACAGCAAUUGUUUCGCAGUCAGCCGCAGGGCGCAACACCGCAGCAGCUGCAGCUGCUGCAGCAGCAGCAGCAGCAGCAGCAGCAGCAGCAGCAACAGCAGCAGCAGCAGCAGCAGUACCUGGCGGCCUCGCAGGCGCAGCAGCAGCAACAACAGCAACAGCAGCAAAACUUCCCCACGGCGCCGUACACCGUCAUCAGCGGCCAAGAACCAUACGUGGGCGCGUUGAUAGCUGGUGCGCCGCCGCCGGUGGUACCGCAGUACUAUGGGGUCGGUCCCUGGGUCUACCCGGCAGGCCUUCUGCCCCAAGCACCACCACAGGCGGCCGCGCCACCGCCGCCAAGACGACCGCUUACACCCUCAUCGGCGGCAGCUGCGGCCGCGGCUGCGCAAGACACGGCGAACAACUUGGCACAGACGGUUCAAGGCCAGUAUCAGGUGAUACCGGCGUACUACGACCAGAACGGCUCUAUCGUCAUGGGAGGUAUGCGCGGCCUGAGCUCGGCAGCGACCCCCAUGAGAUUAGUUAGUCCCGCACCAGUUCUUGUGAACAGAGCACCGUCUCAACCGCCACCAGGCCCGCCGGCUCCACCACCAGCGAACCUGUAUUCACAACCGACCCCGACGUCACACAGCAACGCUACACCCGGUGAAUGUCUCGGUCUGGCAGCGUGCAGUGCAGCAGCGGUGGUCGCACAAGCCCAGGCGGUUGCGGUGCAACAGGCGCAGCAGCAAGGCUCGGGUCUAGCUGCGGGUUUAGCGGCUCUAGGAUACGGCGGGUCACCGCUCGGAGCGUUGGGUUCUCCGGCUCAACUGCAGAACUCAGGUUUAGGCCUUGGUGCAUCUUCGAGCGGCAGACGAGAUUCCUUUGAUAGAAACACUUCAGCCUUCAGCCCGAGCUUGGAAUAUAGCCGGGCGAAGUGGCCUCAGAGUUACGGCGCUCUCGGAACAGUAACCGCAUCGCCCAGUCCUUUGGGAUUGUCAUUAACACCGCCACCGACUCUGGGAGGAUCCCUGGGCGGUCUCGUUGGUGGCGCCAGUCGAGUGUCAGCUGCUCCAGGCGCGGAGGCCAAGUUCCGCGCGAGCGCAGUCCCCGCAUUGACGGCCAAUGGUGUCUUCGGUUCCAGCAGCUCUCUAUUCCCCAACCUCGUGGGCAAAUCUGGUCGCGGAGGUGCCGCUAAUAUCAGUGACAAAAAUGCUGGUGGAAGAUCGCGUCUGCUCGAAGAUUUUCGGAAUAAUCGAUUUCCAAGUCUCCAGUUACGUGAUUUAGCUAAUCACAUAGUGGAAUUCAGUCAGGAUCAACAUGGUUCACGAUUCAUUCAGCAGAAACUGGAACGUGCCUCAGCCAGCGAAAAACAGCUCGUCUUUCAGGAGAUUCUUUCCUCCGCAUAUUCUCUUAUGACUGAUGUUUUCGGAAAUUAUGUUAUUCAGAAGUUCUUCGAAUACGGCACUCCAGAACAGAAAUCUACUCUUGCUCAAAAGGUUCGUGGGCACGUGUUACCAUUAGCCCUCCAGAUGUACGGCUGCAGAGUGAUACAGAAAGCACUCGAGUCGAUCGGUCCGGAGCAACAACAGGAGAUUGUGCGUGAAUUGGACGGGCAUGUAUUAAAGUGCGUGAAAGAUCAGAAUGGGAACCACGUCGUCCAAAAGUGCAUCGAAUGCGUUGAGCCACGGGCUCUGCAGUUUGUGAUAGGCGCAUUCACUGGUCAAGUUUUCGCGUUGAGCACGCAUCCUUAUGGCUGUCGUGUGAUCCAACGUAUUCUUGAACAUUGUACUCCUGAGCAGACGCAGGGUAUCUUGCAGGAGCUGCAUGCCUCCACUGAUCAGCUCAUUCAGGAUCAGUACGGCAAUUACGUCAUUCAACACGUGUUAGAGCACGGAAAGCCGGAGGACAAGGCACAAUUAAUCAGCAGCGUCAGAGGCAAGGUACUCGCUCUUUCUCAGCAUAAAUUUGCGAGCAAUGUGGUUGAGAAAUGCGUGACUCACGCCACCAGGCAGGAGCGCGCUAUAUUAAUCGAAGAAGUCUGCGGCUUCAACGACAAUGCAUUGAACGUCAUGAUGAAGGACCAAUACGCCAAUUACGUUGUCCAGAAGAUGAUCGAUGUGGCAGAACCGGCGCAGCGUAAAGUACUGAUGCACAAGAUCCGCCCGCAUUUAGGCAGUCUGCGCAAGUACACCUACGGCAAGCACAUCAUUGUAAAACUAGAAAAGUUCUUCAUGAAGACCGCCUCGGCGAUGGGAGUGGCGGCACCAGCCGGUGGUUCGACGAGCGGUGGCAGCGAUCUCGGCCCGAUUGGGCCUCCCGCUUCCGCCGCUGGUCCGGUUUCUACGCAGACCCAGGCACCCACACAGGUUUUAUAAACGCGAUCUUCUCUCUGUCGCCAAAAGAAAACCAACAGAAAAUAGGAGAAAAACGAAAAGAGAAAAAGAACUCUAUAUAUAUUAUACAUACACGACUUCCGCACGUCACCAGACACGUUUGACCCUACUUUUACUUCUAAUGAAAUCUGUUGUUUCACCGUUACGAUCACUGUCGACGGAAAAACGACAAGUCUCCGUCGCUUUCUCGUUGGCCCGUAUUCUCUGGAAACGGAGAACAAAAGACGAAAAAGAAAAUGUUCGAAAGGAAGGCGAGAAAAAAUGACUCGGAUACACCGCUUCUGUGACGGGAGAAAUUCGCGCUAGUGUGUAAUUUUUCUUAUUUUUACAAUCGCGGUAAUCCACGACGACGACGACGACGUUUGUACAGUGGAGCGCGCCUCCUUGGUACUCGGGCAACGCGAGAUCGAUAACGGCAUAAACGGCGAGAGAGAGAAAGAGAGAGAGA